UUAUUUGAUCGUAAAAUUUGCUAUAUAAUCUGUAUGUAAAAUAUGUUGGUAUUAUAUAAUGAAACCAAAUGCGUGCAAUAGUAAACGUAAUAUUUAUAGAAUACAAAUGCAUUAGAAUUAUCAUUAUUUGGGAUACCGCCGUGACAGGCAGUUGAUGACAUCAAUUUUCAGACGGCAUCUGACGUUUAGCAGAUGUGCCUUGCAAGUUGCAAAUUGUAUAUUUCAGGAAGUAAUCAGAUUUGAAGAACUGUGUUCUAUUGCAAUAACUUCCCUAUUAUAAUGAAUUGUAUUUUAUACUAUAGUCUUGUUUGUGAUCAUGUAUCAACUGAUCGUCAUAAAUUGUUAUUAUACUUCACUCUGGUGACAUUCAGGGAAUAUUUUGGAGAUUGACUAUGACCCAACGAGAAAAUGAAAUGAGUCAAAAUCGUGUAUAUCCUUCUACAUCGAAUACAUCAUCAUCUAUACGUCCGUUAUUAUCUCGGAUGACUGGACUGGCGAGAAACUUUUCAACAAAAUUUGAUGCUGAUGCUGUGGAAGAUUCUAAAACAACGAAGUUUAUCAAAGAUUUCAUAAAGAAAGCUGACAAUACUCAAACAGAUGCUUUUGGUGAAAUUGAAUUUGGAGGAACAUCAACAAGGACUGCGAAGUAUGUUCGAGUAGCUGACACUACAAACGUUGAUAUUCUGUAUCAACUGUUUAAGAAACAUUGGAAGUUGAAAACACCAAAUCUUAUAAUAUCAGUAACUGGCGGAGCAAAAAACUUUUCUUUGCGAAGUCGAAUAGAAGAGGUUUUUCGAAAAAGUUUGAUAAAAGCUGCCGAAAACACAGGAGCAUGGAUAACAUCAGGUGGCACACAUGCGGGAGUGAUGAAGCAUGUUGGAAAAGCUGUGAAAAAUUAUGCAGCUAUUCGAGAUGAUAAAGAUAAAGUUGUUACUAUUGGUAUUGCGCCUUGGGGAGUUGUUUUUAGGAAUGAUAAAUUGAUCAAUCAGAUUGCAAGUACAAAUUUGUUACCAAAGCAAUAUGAUCCAGAUGAGAAAAAGCAAGGAAAACGUUCUAUUCUCGAUUAUAACCAUUCUCAUUUUAUACUGGUUGAUGAUGGAAGUGAAGAUAAAUAUGGGGUUGAAAUUAAUUUAAGAACAGAAUUAGAAAGCUUCCUUGCCAGACAACGAACCAGAGAUGGAGUAGAGGUUCUUAUUGUUUGCGUCAUUGUUCAAGGAGGCCCUGGAUCAUUGAAGACAGUUGCAGAGUCAAUACAUAAGAAGACACCUGUUGUUGUUGUGGGCGGGUCAGGAGGUUGGGCUGAUAUACUUGCUACAGCUUCUACUAUGGAUCCUAGAAAUAUUGGAAGAACUGUAGUUGAGGAACUACUUGAGGAGCACAAUAUGGAUUCUGAUGAAAACCAAAUUGAUGCUUGGACUGACAUGGUAAAAAGAUGUAUUUCAAGUAAAAAUCUCCUCACUGUAUUUGACUAUGACCCAAAUGACCUAUCUAGAGAUUUGGAUAUUGCGAUAUUGGAAGCACUAUUAAAAGCAAAUGCAAAUGAUGACAAUCAAGCAGCUUAUCAGCAACUACGUCUUGCUAUGGCAUGGAAUAGAAGCGAUAUUGCAAAAUCUCAUAUCCUAAGUGAUGAUGCUUGUAUUGGAAAAGAAGAAAUGGCAAAAAUGUUUUUUGCUGCUUUGAAAGAUAACAAGCAUGAAUUUUGUAAAGUAUUUCUUGACUAUGGCGUUGAUUUGAAAGAAUAUUGUACAAUAGCAGAAUUGCGACACUUAUAUACCUCAGCACCAAAAGAGUCUCUUUUGCAUAAACGUCUCUCUAAGAAAAAGGACUUCAGCUUGACUGCAGUAGGGAGGUUUUUAAUUGAAGUCCUUGGUCACUCAUACAUUUCUGUGUAUAAGAGAAGAAAACCAACUACGAAGAAGUACAAUGCUGUCUUGUUCGAACAUGAUGAUAUUUCGGGCGAGAGACGACAAUCCACUCCAUGGCCAGACGAUGCAAGAUUAGAUGAUCCAUACCGGGAAAUAUUUCAGUGGGCUUUGUUGGUCAAUUACAGAGAAAUCGCACAAUAUAUCUGGGAAUAUAUGUCUGAAUCCAUGUCUGCCGCUAUUAUUGCAACAAAGAUACUAAAGACUCUUGCUUCUAAGAGAAAUGAUUUAGAGAAGAAAUCGCAAAUGUUAGCUGAUGCAGAUCUUUAUGAAAAACUGGCUGUUGGAGUGCUUGCCAAAUGUUUUGAGGAUAACGUUGAUAAAACAACUUUUUUACUGGUUAAAACUUUGCCUAAAUGGGGAGGAUAUACUUGCUUGCAUGUUGCAAUCGAAGCAAAUGAUAAAUUCUUUGUUUCACGUCCUGGUGUCCAAUUCUUCCUUGAUGCUGUAUGGAUGGGGAUGGAUAAACUAGAUUCACCAACAGCAAUUCAUAUUGUACUUGCUGGAAUUUGUCCACCAUUAAUAUGGUCGACUAUCAGUUUCAAAGAGCAAUCUGAAGAUAACAACAAGGAAUUAGAUGUUUCUGAAAAUGGUGAAAUGUCAAAGACUACGCGUACUGAUGAUGUUGAAAUGCAAAGAAUCUCACCCAAGGCAGAUGAUGAAUUGGCUCCAACUAUUGCCUUCAAUAAUCCUGAACUGAGUCAGAAUGCAACAAAAAAUAGUUAUUCUAUAUUAGAAAAAACUGUCAUUUUUUACAAUGCUCCUGUUGUCACAUUUUGGUUGAAUGUCUUCUCUUUUGUGCUUUAUCUGAUAUUGUUUGCUUAUAUCAUACUGAGCGAUUUUGAAUCAAGCGCAUCGACAAUUUCUGUCUCUGUAUUUGAGUAUAUUCUUGUUGGAUGGAUUACAACGUUCUUAUUUGAGGAAAUACGAGAACUUGCAGAUGAAGAAGCCAGAUAUUUAAAAGAGAAAAUUAAGUUGCAUAUCACUGACACUUGGAAUAUUAUGGAUCUGUUGAGCCUAACACUGUUUUAUAUUGGCUUUGGCUUGAGAUGGUUUGUUUCACUGUUGGAUGAAGCUCUCAUUUUAUAUUCUUUCUCCUUCAUGAUUCAAUGUGUCCGAAUUGUCCAUAUAUUUGCUGUUCACCAUAUUCUUGGGCCUAAAAUUAUCAUGGUCGGUAAAAUGUUGAAGGAUCUGUUAUUCUUCCUGUUUAUACUCGUUGUGUUUUUGUUGGCAUAUGGAGUUGCCAGUCAAGCUCUUCUUUAUCCAGGCGAAACAAGCUUUUCUCAAAUAAUUGUCGGGAUAAUUUAUAAACCUUAUUGGCAAAUAUACGGUGAACUAUUCUUGGAUGAAAUUAACUACAAUCCGAACGUUGAUGCUUUUACAUGUUCCAACACUAAUGACAGUCUUCCAAGAUGUCCGCAACAAUCUGUUAUUGUUCCAAUUAUAUCUGCUAUAUAUUUGCUGUUUGUCAAUGUUCUCUUACUAAACCUUCUUAUUGCAAUGUUCAGUUACACCUUUGACAAAGUUGAAAGCCAAGGAAAUGAGAUUUGGAUGUUUCAGCGAUACACACUCAUCACCGACUACUACUUCCGACCUCCUCUCGUUCCUCCAUUCAUCAUAUUUUCACAUUUUUAUCAUUUACUCAGAUUCCUUCACAGAAAAAUAUUUCUAAGAAUAAAAAGAGAUGAUCCAUUUUCUCAUGCAUUGAAGUCUGAGUUAAAGGAAGAUAAAGUCAAGCAAUUGAGGAAAUGGGAACACUGGCAUGCGGAAGCAUUUAUCAAUGAAAUGCAUGAAGAAGAAAAAAUGAAAGUCGAUAAACAGAUGGAAAGGCUGAAUAACAGAAUUGACAAUAUCAUGUCGAAAAUAGAAGACAUGCAAGAAAGAUUAACAAAACAAAAAGGUGAUGGAAAAGGAUUAAACAAACUCAAUAACACAAUGCAAUCCAAGUUUCGUCAUCUGGAAAAACUCAUCGAAAACAUAAAUGCAGCAAAUCCAAGUUCUUCACAUUUGAAGUCAGAACCAAAGCAUUCAGCUGCACAUGUACUUGAGCCUGCAACAAAACAAGCAUGGUCCGAACCUCAAACAUCAAAACCAAAGUCUCCUCCGGAACCUAAAAAAGAUGUGCCGGUUGAACCUGUGCAUGUGAAAGCAAGAUCGAGUCCAUAUCCUGAUUCAACGGUAAUGAGAACAGAAGUACCUGAUGACAAAGUUUUAUGGAAGCAACCUGUCUGGCCAGAAUACGAUCCUGUUUACUACACUGCUGAAAUUGUCCUUUCUCUACCAUUGAAAAUAUGGGCCGAUGCAGAGUUAGAACAUUAUGACACUAAAGAUAGACCUCGGCUUCCUUUCAACAAAUAUGAUCAGAAGAAUAAAGUAAACAGAGCUAGUCAUACAGGAACAUACUUAGUUGUCGAUGGAAUACCAAAAAAUCCAAAAGGAAGAACAGGAAUAUGUGGGAGGGGAUUACUCGGCAGAUAUGGACCAAAUCAUGCAGCUGAUCCUGUUGUAACAAGAUGGAAGCGAAACUUUCAAAAAGAAAUUAUUAAAAUAGAUGAUAAACCAGUGCUCGAAUUUGUAGCUGUUAAACGUGCAGACACUGGUGAAUGGGCGAUUCCUGGAGGUAUGGUAGAUCCAGGAGAAAAAGUUUCUGUCACCUUGAGACGGGAAUUUAGUGAGGAAGCAUUAAAUAUUGAGGGCACACAUGAUCCUCUGGAAAUUGAAAGAAUUCGAGAAAAUGUGCUCAAUCUUUUCAAGUCCGGAGGUUUGGAACUUUUCAAGGGUUAUUGUGAUGAUCACCGUAAUACUGAUAAUGCUUGGAUUGAAACCGUUGCAUGCAAUUUUCAUGAUGAAGAAGGAACAGCAUUCAAUAGCAUUAAACUCAAUCCUGGUGAAGAGGCAAACAAAGUAAGUUGGAAGCAAGUUGAUCACAGAAUAAAGUUAUUUGCAUCCCACAGUGAUAUUCUGAAAAAGGCAGCAGAGAUGCACAACGCGUACUUCUAGUUAUACAAUACUGUGUAAAUUAAUAUAUCUCUACCAGUAUUAAGUAUUUAUAGCAACUCAUGAUAUUCCUAACCGAAUACUUUAGUUUUUAUUGACUUUUUUAAUCAAUUAUGCAAUGAAUUUUUUGUUUGUCAUUGAACUAAUUUUAUGAUAUUGUAAACAUGAUCAAUAUUUUAAAGUUAUUACUAUUUUGUUUCUAAGGUUACUAAUUUUUCUAACAAGAUGAUGAUGAGAAUCAUCUAUAUAUUUAGAUUUUUUUGCAGAUAUUCUUUAUUUUAGUCACCAAGGCAUACCUGUAGAGUUACCCUUUUUUAGGUUUAUCACAGCCUUACCAAUUUGUUACACCCUGUAAUAGGUUUGAUCAAGUAGGGAGUGUGCAAAAACUUUUGUUUGAUAUUGGAACCUCUCAUCAACCUUGAAAAAAUAUGAAUACCUUUAUACCCUUGCACCAGUGUUCCUUCUAAGGUGUGCGCGCGCACACAGCUUUCAGAGGCUGCGCACAUGCAUAGAUUUACUGCGCACAGACGUAUUUCGAUGUGAUGUAACACUGUUCUCGGUUGGCAGGUUGAGAAAGUUUGUUGUUGGC